UACAGGAGAUGACCAGAGACUGCGGACAUAGUACAGGAGAUGACCAGAGACUGCGGACAGUACAGGAGAUGACCAGAGACUGCGGACAUAGUACAGGAGAUGACCAGAGACUGCGGACACAGUACAGGAGAUGACCAGAGACUGCGGACACAGUACAGGAGAUGACCAGAGACUGCGGACACAGUACAGGAGAUGACCAGAAACUGCGGACAGCACAGGGAUGACCAGAGACUGCGGACACAGUACAGGAGAUGACCAGAGACUGCAGACAGGGGAUGACCAGAGACUGCGGACACAGUACAGG